AUGGCGAAGAGGAAGAACCAUACCAAUCAUAAUCAGAACAGAAAGGAUCACCGAAACGGGAUUAAGAAGCCUAGGAUGCCGAACUUCUCUGAGUUCUUAGGCCUUCAUCCAGCAACCUUAAUGAGAAUGGAAGAGGCAACCAAACUAUGGAAUGCAUCUAUCUCAAGAAAAUAA